UUCUUCUGUGUGAUUGAUGUUAUUAGGCACCAUGGCAUCUUUCACGCCUUUUGACAUGGCUGUUGACGACCUGAAGAGAUUGAACAGUUAUGUGGUGCAGGGAAUGGACGUGAUACGCGGCGUUGCUGUGGAUAUCUGCAGUGUAGGGACAGGUGACAGCGUAAACGAAGACGUGGAGGCGUUGAAAAGUUACACCGAGGCUGUGAUCAAGGAAGAAUACGACGCCGCCAGUUUUGUGGAAGCAGCUUCACACCUUAAAAUACAGGCCCGGCAGGCUACUGAAGCAGGUCAGCAACUGGAUUGGAAGCGAGAGCUUGCCUCCGCUUAUGAAGCUGCUAAACAGCGACAAGGAAAUGCGGCCAAUCACAUGGCGUACAAGGAUGUCCUCCGGAUUACUAGCAGAGCCGAGGAAGAAGUUACAUCAUCCCAAGGCGCUGAUGACAUUAUUAUGACUGAGGACCUCGGGAACACUCAAUGGAAGGACCCCAUCACCCAGAAGGACAUCGAAGUGCCCGUGAAGAACACGAAGUGUGGCCACAUCUAUGACAAAAGCAGCAUCAGCGUCUACAUCAAAGGCACCCGACACCCUAGGUGCCCGUAUUUGGGUUGUGCUAACAAAACUCUAUUGAACAUGAAAGAUCUUGUGGACGACCACUUCGUUGCAAGAAUACUCAGCGAACGAUCUCAACCUAAAGAUUGAGCACUGCAUCCAAUCCCAUGUCUCGUUUAAUGUAUGUGUUCACAAAUAAAAUGAAUAUUGCCCUUUUCUAUAGAA